AUGGCCUGCCAGGACGCAAAAAUGGAAAAUAUUGCUAAUUGGAGAUCAAGAAGUCGGCAAGACCUCCUUCGCUCAUCGAUGAGGGAUUCCUUCGAGAACUUUGGAUCUAGCCACAAUAACAAACUUUCCAUAGCGGACUAUAGGGAUAUGGAGGAGGAGAUGCCAUCCUGCGACGGCUACAUCAUUCUCUACUCCAUCGCAUCCAGGUCAUCCUUUCAAGAGGUCUCAAGGAUCUGUCGACAAAUACCACUGAAUGGCCGACAAGACCCAAAUCUCAUGCUCAUCCUAGCCGGAACAAAAUCAGAUCUGAAAUCUUCGCGACAGGUCAGCACCGAGGAGGGCCUCGCUCUAGCCAAGGAGCUCGGAUGUGAAGCAUUCUUUGAGACAUCGGCCAAGUCUGGAGAAAACGUUGACGCCGUUGUUUUAUCCAUGGUUCAGGCUCUUCGCAGGGCCGCCGCGUCUCGAGAUAUGGAUAUGAUGGCACCAUUUAGGAUGAUGCGGAAUCUAUUUCGAGGGGAGAAAUCAUGA